UUUAUUAGAUUUGGAUAAUAAUGCUCUCCCAAAACCAGUUCAAAUCCUUUUGCUUUACAUACACCCAUAUUCUCGACACCCACUAUAGAAACUAUAUCAGAGAAAUCACCUUCACAUUUAUCAAAUUCGUAUAAAAUGAACAAGAGCAGCAGUAAAUUAUUCAAAAAACUUAAGCCCUUAAAACGUCAAAAACGUCGUUUAGUUUUUACUCCCAGAAAUUUGGAAACAAAUUCAACACAACUGUUGGCAGCAGAUAGUGAUAUUAACAAAAAUCUUCUAAAUCAAAAACAGUCUAUGAUUGUUUCAAAAUCAUGGGCAAACACUAGUAUAGAAACUCAAACGGAAAAUUUUCCUUAUUUAAGGCAUUGUUCGUAUAUACCCAGACAUUUUAGUACACCAACUGGUUCCAUCAAUUAUAUACCCAUGGAGGAAGCUAGAAAUUCCAAAAUUUUCGAAAGAUUUUGAAAUUAUUCGUUAAAAUUCGACUUUAUAAUAUUAUAUGUGAAUUCAUAUACCGAUGACGUUGUUGUUGGACAAAUUUCGAAAAAGUUGUAAAAAUUAAUUCUACUUAAAUUAAAAAAAAAAAUCGUAUGAAAAGAUCGACGUUUUAAGGAAACAAAUUUAGAAAGUCGACUUUAUUAAAUGAUAUAUGAAUUCAUGGACAGGACAGGAACAAUCUUCUUCCAACAAUUAUUUAGAAAAUCAGAUAAAAAUUGCAAAAAGUCGACUUCUUAUUAAAUGUAAUUGCAAAUUAAAUGUAAUACAAAAAAAUAGAAAUUUCUAUAUCAAGAUAAUAUAAAAUGCAUGUUAAAAGUUAUUUAAAGUCGACUUUUUUACAAAAAACAAGGAAUCAAAAAAUCCACGUGCAUAAACACAUAUUCGUAAAUGUAAAUAAUGAAAACAAGUUUUUGCGUUUUUUCCACGUGCAUAUACACAUAUUUGUAUACAAAAAUAACUCACCACACCAAAAAAAAUGUUUGUUUUGGUAAAACAGCUGUUACGGUAUGUUUCUUCGACUCUUAUUAAAAUAAUUGCAAAUUUGACUUACUCUUUUUUAUCAAAUGUAGAAUAUUUCACUUAAGGAGAUGUGGAUCUAUAUUGUCUACUUUCAUGUUGGUCCUAUGUUUUAAAGACUUUUCGACUUAUAUCGAAAUAAUAUAAAUUCUGCAUGGUAAAAGUUGUUUAAAAGUUAACUUUUCUUGAAAAAACAAGGAAUUAAGAAAAAUUUGACUUUGGUCAAAAUGGCUUUAAAUUACUAUUUUUAGUCAAAAGAAGUGUUAACAAUUAGUUUAAGUCAACUUUUUUGGACGUUUAAAGUCGUCUUUUUCCAGAAAAAAACUAUAUAAAUUCAAGAAUGUUGGACAAAUUUAUAAAAGGUCGUAAAAGUUAGUUAAAGUUCAAGUUAAAUUGGAAAAAAGAUAGGAAGAAGUCUUUAAAGAUCGACUUUUUAGAAUUUUUCACUUAAGGUUGUGUACCAUUUUCAUGUUUGUCCUAUGUUUUUAAAGAUUUUCGAAUUAUAUCGAAAUUUCUAUAUCAAAAUAAUAUAACUUUUGCAUGCAUGGUAAAAGUUGUUUAAAGUCAACUUUUUUUGAAAAAACAAGGAAGUCAAAAAAUUUAAAUUUAGUCGAAAUGUUCAAAACCAUUUCGACUAAAUUCAAAUUUUAUAUUUUUUUAAGUUUAAAGAACUCG